CGCUUGAUGCAUUAACAAGGACAGUGUUAUUGAACAGGCACAUGUGUUACCUUUUAGUCUAACCAGCCAGUCUAACAUCACACUGACUCAACAGACAUGCCACAUGUUACCUAAUCAAUACAGAAAAAAGGCAUACUAGGCCAGAGUACACGUUUUAAAACUUUUCGCGAUGAAGUCUCCAAAUUUCGUAUGGGUUUGUGUGCUUGGUUGUUUAGUUUUCGUAUCAUCCGUCAGGUGUGAAGCUCCCGAGUCAAACACACAGACCGAACCGGUGUUGGACUCUGAAUCACAGGGAGAAAGUGAACCCCUCGUCCCGGACACUGGAGCAGAGAAGGACUGUCGUUUGAGCUCUCUCCAGCUCCAACCAGACUUUAACCUGGUCCAAUUCCAAGGGUACUGGUACUCGAUAACGACUAACAGGUACUGGUUAGCCAUCCCUAGUUGGCUCAGUGUCCGCCAGGCCAAUGUCCAGGUCAACUACAAACUUUUGUCCGACGGAAGCCUCGAACUCAAAACAGGUGGCGAGUUUGUGUUUCCGUUCUGUGACUUCAUGAGAGGGAAAGGGUCUAUCCCGGACAAAACUCAGCCUCAGAAGCUCGAGGUUCAGUUUGACACACUUCUCUCGAGAUCUUCCAGGAAAAAUCCAUACUGGGUAGUAAGCACGGACUAUGAGGGGUUCGCAGUCAUCUACUCGUGUCGGAAAGAGCAGGAAGACGGCACGUGCCACCCUGACCACACCUAUAUGUGGACCCUGAACAGGAAGCGAGACGGUCACACUCCGGAACAGGAAGAGGAGAUUAAAAGAGCAGCAACGCGCAUGUGUAUCUCACCUGACAAUUUUAAAACAUUUAAACAAGAUGGAAGUUGUAAAUUUGAUGCCGACAAAUUCCCGUCAGGAGGAUUGGGUUUAAUUCCAUUUUUAGUCAUAGCGACAAUGAUGUUUGUGAUCUUAGGUAUUCUAUUGUGUUGUUGUAUUUCUAAAACUGAUCGCGUCACUGAGACAAAGAAAAGACAAUAAACUAUCAACAAUGUAUUUUCUCCUUUUCAUCUUUAUCUAAAUUUCGUGUUAAAGAUAAUGCAUAUUCUGAAAGUGUCGGAAUGCGUGUGAUGUUGUGCAAUUUGGUCAUGAUAUUUUAAUGAUCGGAUGAAAUGGAUGAUCACGACAUCUUUGGUCCCCAGAUAAGGAGAAACUUAAUAUUCACGCAAGUUUUCUUAUAUACAUAACUGCUUCGUAUUUUGUUGGGAAAAAAUGGAAAAAUGUUGAAACAAUAUUUCAUGAAUAAUUGAUACAGUUCAGCACAAUCCCGCCUUGGAAAAAACAAAAUCCAUCAUGUAUAUUUGUUUUGUUAGGGAUUUUGGCAGAUCGUGACGAUGUCGGAACCAUCUGGAAAAUCCCAUAGAUUAAAUAUUGUAAUAUUGUCUUAUUUCGUGAUAGUCGAAAAUAAUGGAAAUUUUAUUCCGCUACCUGGUGCUUUCCGACGGCUUUGUUACUGCAUCUGUCUGUCCAUCUAUCCCCGUUACUGGUAGGCUGUUUUUUGUCUACCUUUAGUAUGUCUGGAUAGGGGCUGCUUUAAAGUGAUUUAUUGUACGUAUAUAAGAAGUAUGCUUAGAAAAAAUCGAUGACUUUGUAUGACUUUAGCUAUAGAAAUAACUUACUGGGUGUGAAAGUUGCGGUGUGAUUUAGUGAUCUUCUCACAGCUGUCGACAUAUUCCUUUUAUCAUCGCAUGUAUUAAAUAAUGUAACAAUGAUAUAUAGAUUUUGUGUAGUAACACACACACACAAAAUCUUGAAAUAGAUAAUAAAUGUUUUCUUAUUUUAA